AUGACAUUGGGCGCACAGAUAGAGACCUCCGCGGAAAAUGGGAGUAUGAAAAUCCCUCUACUCAACGGCAGUGAGAGACGAACCAGCACUGGUUUGUAUACUACAGCGAAUGACCGAUCACGUUAUGUAAUGAUUCGAUCAGGUUACCAUGUUCUGUCCGUUUUAAUGUACACCUUUAACGAUGCCGCCUUAGCCAAAAGCCGGGCCCUCGGUGUUAUGUACAUAGAGUCAGAGGCAGAUUGUUCCGAUUGCACGAAGGAAAUUAAUUUGAAGCACGUGAUUAGUUUCUUCCUGGAUGAUGAAACCAUGUUACCUGCCCUGUUUAUUCAUUUUAAAUGUUUACGAAAUUUUUAAAUUUUCAUACUUGCAGAUCUUGUUUGUUGUUAUUAAAACUUUCUGUUAUCAUUCUGUCACGUUUGUAAAUAUUAAAUAAAUGCUAGGUCAUGAAGAAUGUUUAUACAAAUAAAUACCGUUAUGACCCCAAAGAAUCAAGUAGAAAUUUAUUACUAAAUUUAUUCUAACAGUAAUAAUAAUAUUCAUGUAUUAAUAAUUCUACUAAUACAUUCUACUAAUACAUUCUACUAAUUUUUUUAUUGUUUUUGCAGACUGUAUGCAUGCUGAGAAUUUUUACAUAUUUAAAUUUAUAUGAAUAUAACGUAAUGACUGUUGAUUAUCAUACGUAGAUAAUUUUUAGGAUAAUAAAUAUUUCAUUUAGUGGCAUUCAUAUAUCUUCUACAUAUAUCACAUAUGCAUGGGAUAUAUAGGUUCGAAAUAGGUGUAGUGUAUCUGGGAAUAAAAAUUAUGUAAAUUAUGUGGAUUCUCAUAUUUAGUUUGAGUAGUCUCAUUUUCCAGAUCUAACGGUCAAUAGAAAAAAAAGUAUGGUUAUUUAGAGAAAGAGCUAUAAAUUUUUGAGAGAGGUGUUAUUCAUCACUGUCAAUUGACACUAGGUCCGUUCUGUUAAUUUACUCUUGUUUUAGAACUCUCAUUUCGUGAAAAAAGAGCCGAAGGAAAACACGUGCAUGUUAAUGACCUUUCGCACAUAGGCGUAAUAACAAGGAAAUUUCAAAUUAUGAAAAAUGUGUCUCUAAGAUGUUAAAAUAUUUUUUAAUAGAAUGUUCUAUUUUAGUUAAUUUGACAAAAAUAGUGUAUUUUUUUAUAAAAUUACGUUGAUUUAUUUAUAAUACUUUGUAAUCUUAAGUUGGUUCACAAUUUUAUUAUACAUAAAUGAAUAUAUAAUGAAUGAAUACAAAUAUCUAGAUAAAUAUAUGUAUAAUAUAAAUAUAUUUUUUUCUAUGCAUGUAUAUCUUUAUAUAUUCAUGUUGAUCAAUUUUCAUAGUUAAAAUAUAUUUUUUAAUUUUUUAAUAAAAUAAAGGAAAGAAAAGAAGAAUCGAGUUUUAAUGAUGCUAGAACAGUGAUUUAUAAACUUUUAUAAGGUUAUGUGUUUUGAAAGAACAAUAGUGAAUUGCAAAGAAUUAUCGAUACUAGGGGUUAUCGGUAUUCCUGCUGACGUUGUUUCCCUUAUGUCUUUAGUUUCUGAUAUAUUAAAAUCACAUUUUAUUGAAAUAUUUUAUGCAAUUUAAAAAUUUUCGUAAAUUAAACUUUGAUAGACAUGUACACGUUCAACAAUUAAUAUAGACAUUAAUCGAUUAAUUUUACUUCUAUAAACAUAUCGUAAAAUGUUUAUGUAAGCGUUUUUACAUAUUAUGAAAAACUUUUCAUCGAAAUAUUUUAAACAAAAUAAAUAAACACAAAGCUUUCUUUGUAAUUUAUUUAUGAUAUAUUACUAUGAUAUAGUAUUAUCGAUUUGAUUAUAUUCGAUAUAUAUUCGAUAUAUUUUCGACAUUUUCUUACAUUAAGAUUAGUUGCUUUGAAUAUGUAUCAGAACUUGAGAUUUAUAAUGAUUCUUAUCAAUCUGUUUAUGUGUAGUCAUCUCGUGAAUGGUUUCGAAACAUGUCAAUAUCUUCUGUAUAAUGAAAUAAUAAUGAAGUAAUAAUGAAAUAAUAUUACAUCCUCUGACACGUGUGAUUUGCUGGUCGGUACUUAUUGAGUAUGAUGUUUACAUAUUGAUCGAAAUGCUUGCAAUUGUACAUAUCUCAUCUACAACAUAUUGCCAUUCUUUUUUGAUCGAUCUUAUUUCCUAUCGACUCUCGAAUCUUUCUAAAUGAUAUUAUCGAUAUUUCUCUUUGAUUAAUGAUUUAUGUUAAAAGCUGUUAAUUAAGAUAUUUGAACUUUUUUUCUUAAAUAAAUGAUAAGAAUUCUCUUAUUUUAUAAUUUUUUCAGUAAAAAGUUUAAAAAAAAGAAACAGAAUUUUGGAAGAUUUGUUCAUUUGUAAAAUGGGAAAUAUAAUUAACGCUUUUUAACGCUUUAUCUUCUUAUCUUUGAGUCUUUUCCAUAAUUUCUUAUCUCUUCCCUUGGUAAUAGAGUAACUUGGAAAAAAGGAGCAGUUUUUGUACGAAAUAGUAAGUUGUACGAUAAGAAUGCGAUAAAGCAAUUCGUGUCUAAGAUAAAUUGCUGUAAUACGAUAUAUGUAUUCAUAGGGCCGUACGAACCGAAGGAUUUAGUGUAAAUGAUAAGAAAGUUCCAGAAAAAGAAUAGAAAAAAAUAACUGAUAAAAUACGUUGCUGCACAUAAUUACAACUAUAAAACUUAGAACAUAAAAUAUUUAGAUUGUUGAAUAUUUUAAAAAGAUUCGUACGAUUCAUUAUAUACAAAUUUCUAUAUUGAUCUUGUAAAAAUAAAUUUUAUUAUUAUACACGUAAUAUUUUCGUAAAAAUUCAAAGAUAGAAAAAAAUUAGUUGUUAUUUAAAAAAGAUUGAAUCUAAGCGUUUUCACUAUAUUGUUCAGUUUCGAUUUUUUUUUUUUUUAAUCUUGAUAUUCAGGUGAAUUGGGUGAACGCUCUCUAA